GGCAUCCAACCUGCUGCCGCCGGGACCCGGCCCAGCUGAGCAACUGCCGCGCAGAGCACACGCUCUCACUCCAGCUCCCUCCUUCGCGGUUCAUGACCGCGCGCUCUGCCCGCAGCCUCCGCCAUCCCGCGCUGCACCUCCGCUGCCAGGGCCCCUGAGGGAAGGAAGGCAGCAAGGCAGGCGCGGCGGUGCGCCCGGCUGAGCCCACGACCCCGGCCCGCAGCCCGCUGGCACCAUGCUGCCCACGCGCAGCGCCUGCCUGCUCACACCCCACUUGCUGCUCGUGUUGGUGCAGCUGUCUCCGGCUGGCGGCCACCGCACCACGGGCCCCCGGUUUCUUAUAAGUGACCGUGACCCUCAAUGCAACCUCCAUUGCUCCAGGACUCAACCCAAACCCAUCUGUGCCUCCGACGGCAGGUCCUAUGAGUCCAUGUGUGAGUACCAGCGAGCCAAGUGCAGAGACCCAGCCCUGGGUGUGGUACAUCGAGGUCGAUGCAAAGAUGCCGGCCAGAGCAAGUGUCGCCUGGAGCGGGCUCAGGCCCUAGAGCAAGCCAAGAAGCCCCAGGAGGCGGUGUUUGUCCCCGAGUGCAGCGAGGAUGGCUCCUUUACCCAGGUGCAGUGCCAUACUUACACAGGGUAUUGCUGGUGUGUGACCCCCGAUGGGAAGCCCAUCAGUGGCUCUUCUGUGCAGAAUAAAACUCCUGUAUGUUCAGGUUCAGUCACCGACAAGCCCUUGAGCCAGGGUAACUCAGGAAGGAAAGUCUCUUUUCGCUUCUUUUUAACCCUCAAUUCAGACGACGGGUCUAAGCCGACGCCCACGAUGGAGACGCAGCCAGUGUUCGACGGGGACGAAAUCACAGCUCCCACUCUUUGGAUUAAGCACUUGGUAAUCAAGGACUCCAAACUGAACAACACCAAUGUAAGAAAUUCAGAGAAAGUCCACUCGUGUGACCAGGAGAGGCAGAGUGCCCUGGAAGAGGCCCGGCAGAAUCCCCGAGAGGGCAUCGUCAUCCCAGAGUGUGCCCCCGGGGGGCUGUAUAAACCAGUGCAGUGCCACCAGUCCACUGGCUACUGCUGGUGUGUGCUGGUGGACACAGGGCGUCCACUGCCUGGGACCUCCACACGCUACGUGAUGCCCAGUUGUGAGAGCGACGCCAGGGCCAAGAGUGCGGAGGUAGAUGAUCCCUUCAAGGACAGGGAGCUGCCAGGCUGUCCAGAAGGGAAGAAAAUGGAAUUUAUCACCAGUCUCCUGGAUGCCCUCACCACGGACAUGGUGCAGGCCAUUAACUCAGCCGCACCCACUGGAGGUGGGAGGUUCUCGGAGCCGGACCCCAGCCACACCCUGGAGGAGCGGGUGGUGCACUGGUACUUCAGCCAGCUGGACAGCAACAGCAGCAAUGACAUUAACAAGCGGGAGAUGAAGCCCUUCAAGCGCUACGUGAAGAAGAAAGCCAAGCCCAAGAAAUGUGCCCGGCGGUUCACCGACUACUGUGACCUGAAUAAGGACAAGGUUAUCUCGCUGCCCGAGCUGAAGGGCUGCCUGGGUGUGAGUAAAGAAGGUGGUAGUCUUGACAGCUUCCCCCAGAGAAAAUGGCCAGGCCCAAACCUACUCAGACGCCUUGUCUAAGGAGCAGAAAACCACAGGGCAGGUGGACAGACCAGGGAGGCAGGACGGAUCAUCAGACACCUAACCUUCGACGCUGUCACGGCCCAGCCACCACCCAGCCACAUCCCAUGUAACAUGAGUGGUGCCCACCGUGUUUGCACUUUUAAUAACUCUUAUUUGCGUGUUUUCUUUUUGGUUUCAUUUGUAAACACCAAUAUCUAAUACCACAGUGGAAAAGGAAAGGGAAGAAAGACUGUUUAUUCUCUCUCUUAUUGUAAGAUUUUGGAUCUGCUACUGACAACUUUUAGGUUGGGAGGGGGGGUUUGUGGGACUGAGAAGAAAGAGAUUUAUAUACUGUAUAUAAAUAUAUAUGUAAAUUGUAUAGUUCUUUUGUACAGGUGUUGGCAUCGCUGUUUGUUUAUUCCCUCUCUCUCCCUGCUCUGGGUUUGGGAGCUCCGGACACAAGGCCCCGUUUUCUAGAACCCAGCGCUCCAUUCCCAGCCCACCUGCAUCCGGCGUGGAAGCGGCCCCCAAUGUGCAUGUGGACGGGAGCCCCGUGAUUAUACCGCAGGCUCCCUCCGUCCUUUCCGGUGGGCGGAGGGGAGCGCCUGGGCCCUCGCUGUCCAGGCUGGCGCACCACAUCGCAGUCGGCCUUCUCAGGGGAGGUUGGGUCAGGGGAGAGAUGGGAGCUGUCCCUGCAGGGAGGACAACAAUGAGCUCAGGCACCAGUUCUCCCGUUAUCGGGAUGCCCAUGUGGCCCAGGGUCUGUAGGUGGACCAAGAUCCUCGUGACCCGCGGUGCAGGUAUCCUCAGAGCACUUGCAUUAGGUCAGCUGAAAUAUUUUCACUCACAUUUAAGCACCUACUCUGUGUAAAACAUGAGAGGGGAGGCAAAGAGGGAGAAGGCCCAGGGUGGGGCCUUUUAUUGAGAUGCGUAAUACUGAAGCAGCAGAAGGAGGAGAACAGGACGUGUCAUCGGUGAGUGCAGUGCCCACAGGAAGGCUCCUCGCCUGCAGACCCGCAGCGGAGGCCUCUGCGACCUGCCUAGCCCCCCGAGGGUGCUGGGUCAGACUGGGUUUUUACCUCCACUCGCCACUGCCACACCCUCUCACCCCGCCCCACCCCCACCAUCCCCAUGGUCAGCACACGCCUGAGGGAGGAGUCGGGCCUGUCACCUUGCUAGUAACCAAAUGGUUCUAUUUUUUAACCCAAUACUGAGGUUCUUUCUGUUUCCUCAAAUGCUUGUAAGGGCUUCCAGUCAUGAGGCCAACUCCAGAGCCUCUCCUGGAAGUUCAGGGACAAAUAGCCUUGCUGGGGCAAGUGUAGGCCUAGCCAUCCCCAAACGUUUUACCAGGGUUGCAUUGGGGGCUGCCCAGCCUUCAGGGAAGACGCACAGCUUCCUUUGCCCAGGUGACCAUGGCCAUUCAGACACUUAGCAAGUGACACUUAGCGCCACUUCCCACGAGCAGCCGUGGCAGCAGCCAGGGCGGGCGGGUACCCCAGGACUGGUGCCCUUGUCGGAUUGCUCUUAGGAAUCUUGCCUCCCCUCGUAUCCCAGCCCAGCAUUCCCGUCAGCGCACCCACCUUGCAGCCUGCGUACCCCACCUUGGUUUGGAAAGCUUUGGCAUCGUAAGCCUGCCUCCCCCAAGGCCUGGUUGGGGGAGGGCCCCUAGGGGGGGAACAUGGCCUUUUUGGGACACGAUCUGAAGGCUCUGGCUGUCCAGGGGGAAGCUCUAGAGUUUGCCUUGGGGAUGACUGGAGGCCCCAUCCCAACGUGGGAAGGGGGAAAGGGAGCCCUCGCCCACUAGCCUGGUCCAGAAGACUUGGUGUGCCGAGCUGGACGGACCUUCCAGGAGACCCUGUCCCCUGCUCUGGCCUGGAGGAAGCAUGACAACACAGAGAAGGCACCCCCUGUAGAAACCAGACGCUCCCCCAGGCUGCUGCUUUCUCACCUGUGUGUAGGCUGUGUUUGUGGUUUCCUUUGUGAGGAGGGAGGGACACUAUUUGUAGCUUGUUUUAUGAAAAAUAA